AUGGUGGAACUGUGCGAAUUGCACAUGAUGCCUGAAGAGGACCAGUGGCCCGAUGACAUCGACGCCCGCAUCGCAGCGCUCAACUUCUGCGGCGAGGAUUCGAUGCUCUUCGAGAGCAUUGAUCCCUCGGUGUCAACGGAUUCUCUCGAUUCUCAACAGUUCCGAGAGAGGUGUCAGGUGAAGAAAGAAGAUUUUCAAUUAGCAUUCGCGGAUUCCGGGCAUUGGCAAUCCGGAAUCAAUGACAAUCUGACGACUUGGGGCCGCAUCCGAACAUCCGAACCUCUGGACGAACGGACUGCCAGUGCUCCGGAUGUGUGGAAUACGAAGAAGAGCGAUAGUGCCCGUUCCCCCAACCGUCCCAAUUCACUUAUUGCCAACUUUGUAUCUGGAGAUGCCACCCGAUUCGUGGAUGUUAACGACAAUGAGAUCAGAGAAGCGAAAGAGGAAUUGGAAGUGAUUCGGAAAGAUCGCUGGAAGAGAGAUUCGGCCAGAAGGUGUUCAUCCGGAGGCAAGCAGAAAAGGACAUUUGCUGAUAUUCUGGAAAAGAACGGCGAUGAAAAAGAGAAGGAAAACGCGCCGAAGCUGGACUUUUUGGCAAUGCAUCAUGAGGUCAGUUCUGGGCGAUCGUGAGAAAGUGUACCAAAAAAGGAACGGGUAGAUUGUGUCGGUUGGUGCGAGAGAACAGAUGUGUAGACUGCGAUGAAGGUAGAUGUAAAUAGACACGAAAAAUGUUUGCGGGUAUUUUCUGGAACAAUAACAGUCGCAUUGGCUUGUGAAGAAGCGCGAUAUCCCGCAGGUUCGGAAAAGAAACAUUCAUCUGACAUAAUCCAUUCGGCCGAACUUUUUAUCGGUUUCUUUUUUGUGUCAUCGCCGCUGCCGCAGUCACUUAUCAAAGCAGCAUUCGGUCGUAUUGAUCGGUGUGUUCUCUUCAGAAUGUUUGAUUGUUCAGAUGCCGUCUCUUUGCGAGUCAUUCACUGCUUCGUUCCGCGAUGCCAUUGUCAAAACACAGAAGGAAGCGCUUCCUUCGAUCACUUCAACCGCCGACUUCCCACUCUUCUUCCAAGUAACAUUUUCCCAAUGAAUGUUCAUUCAUACAAAGUGUGCUUUGCAGGAAGAUUCUCCUGAUUCGGGACUCGGCUGCAGCGGUCCGAGUCACAUCGAAGACUGGCAAUCCCUUUCCGUUCUUCUGCCCAAGUGAGUCGUUUGCCUUUGUCCCAUCCAUCCAUUCUUCCCUCUUCUUCUCCUUCUUCCUCUUCUUUUUCCGGCUUAAUCUUGAGAUUAUUUCGCGCUCUCCUCACCCUCCUCAUACAUUAUUCAAAAAGAGAGACGCAGGUUUUCGAAUUCGCCCCGCUAACCCGGUCGAUAUUAUCGAGGAAAGGAGGUUGACGAGCGCGCGAACUUCUCUUUUCGCCGAAAAGAAAAAACGCAGAAUCCAAUGGAUAAAAAAAAGGUUUUCCUUUUUCAGACACGUAGCAGAAGCGUGCUCAUUCUUCAAAAGCAAUGCUCAGUUGCUCGUCUCGAGCUCUUCGAAGUGUGCUCCUGCGACGACUUCAUCGACCGCCGUGUCAAACUGCAUCGACCGUCGUAUCACUGGCAUUUCAGCUUCUGCGAACGAAGCUUGCCGGACAUGCUAUCGCGUUCGGAGGAGGUACGAUUUUAUGAUCGAAAGCAGUUGCUCCGUUUCUAAUUGACACCGCAUGGAUAACAUUCAUGACCACUCGUAAACUAUUCACUUAGUGGCGUCUUCAAAGUGUCUCUCACUAAAUAAUACAACUUUUAUUUUCUGACAGUGAGCUCUAAAGAAUAUAGCUUAAACUUGCGGAGAGCAUAACUAUUCGGAAAGAAUCUCAAUGUUUCAUUCCAGAAUACAUCCUCCAAUCUGGGCCCAAACUGCGCAAACAAAGACGGUGCUUUGCGACUGCGCGGCGAAUCCCACGGACACUAAUUUCUCAUUCGCUCCCACAACGUAAGCCCAUUUGCCCACGACGACCCCAUCAAUCUUUCUCUGCGCACUCACCCUCAAUUCAUCUCAUUUCAGCUCGACGACCCGCCAUCAACUGCGCGCGCAAGAGCUCUCGAUUGUCGGAUUGCCGAUUUACGCGGCGAAGCGGACACUCGUGGAGAAAGUGGUCGAAGGAGUCGCAGCCAUUUCCAGAGGAGAGGGGUCCGACAUGCUCAUCAUGUGAGGAUGGGAAUGAGGGAAUCUGAUAGUGAUGAGGGAUUGUUUCAGUGCGAUGAGAUGUCUGAUCGAAGACGGACUGGAAGAGGGUGUCUCCCCGUGGACGAUGAUUCGGACUGUCACUUCGAAGGGCCCCGCCACGAAAGAUGUGCAUUCGAUUGUGAAGCAGUUGGAUGAGUGUUCGAAAAGUGAUUAUGUGAAAGUGGAAAUCUUCUUCGAGGAGCUUAUCAGGUAAGCAAGCAUCUGAUAAAAGAAAAGACCGUUGUUUGAUUGCAGAGAGAACUCACUCGACUGCUGGCUCUGCUACAUCGUGCUCAAGGAGAAGGUCCUCAAGCAGUUGUACACGGACAAUUCGUUCCUGGUUUCAGCGAGCGCCGAGUACAGAACCUUGCUGUGGAGAAUGGUCGACAGCCUUUCUUUGUUGCCAGGUUUAAAUUUGGCGCUAGAUAAGUGUAAAUUAUUCCAAUUCAGUGAUCGAAGCUCGCAGCGACUCUAGCAUGCAGCCGCACUACACGAAGUCAAUGCAGCAAUGGGGAGGAGCGUCGCGCAUCGCCUCCGAUUCCCGUGUCCCGAAAAGCUCGUCAGUUCCGGCAAGACUUGCAGUGAACCUUCCGAGACCUUCGAGGAUUCCAUUGUCCACCAGGUGAGCAUGCAGAACCUCCAGAAUUCCACGUGCAUUUUCUGUUUUCAGUCGCAUGAGCAUCACUUCGACUGUCUCCACACCCCGCUCUCCGUCCACUUACACUCGGAUCCGCAUGGCUUCCGUGAUGGGCUCGUUCACACUCGCCAAUUUCUCCCUUUCGGACGGAGAAAAAGUGCGUGUGCUGUCGACCCGCGGAGGCCUUGCCCGUUGUGUCCGUCUGGCCACUUCCCACUCUCAGAUCAACAACGGUGUCGUUCCAAUCGAACACCUCCUGUUCCAGUAA